UUCAAUAAAAAUACUAUUUUCAAAAUCAACUCCAUUAACUUAGAUGCCUUAGCUGCAGAUAGCCGUUUCCAAUCAUUAAAACUAGAGUCCAAUGGAAAUGAGAAUGAUCGCUCGGCCGAAAACUGCAAAAAUGCUGAGAAAUGUCCAUGGCUUUUGGUGAAAACGAUCGGAAUAAGGAAAAGAAUGAAGCAUUGCUUUAUUAAUAAGCAGGGCAUGUCUGUGUGUAAUCCGCAUAAAUCAUAUGACACAACUAUAGAGCCACAAGAAACUACGACCACCCUACGUCCAGUCAAAUUGAAUACAAAACGUCGAAGUGCAUUGGAAUGCAAACCAGUUAUUGACGCGAAACCGGAUAUCGUCUUUGGCAUACUAGCCAGAAAGGAUCAAUUUCCAUUUAUGGCCACUAUCGGUUGGACAUCACAUUAUGACAAGAAGCCAUGGUAUCGAUGUGGAGGAGCACUUAUUUCACCCAGAUUUGUACUGACGGCAGCCCAUUGUGCAGAAAUAGAAGGAGCGAAGCCAAAUGUGGUGCUAAUUGGUGGCUCAGAUUUAACUGAUUCCUCGGUUCGAGAUGUGAAAAUAAAACGUUUCAUACAACAUCCCCGGUACAAUAGUUCAACGGUGCACAAUGAUAUAGCGUUAAUAGAGAUCGAAGGGUAUGACAGAAAAAACCCCUCUACCGCCUGCUUGUGGACCGAGGAACGCCUAAGUUCCAACAACGUAAUUGCCGUCGGAUAUGGUCACACGGAAUUCGGUGGCAAAGCUUCAGAUCAGCUGUUCAUGGCAAACUUAAAAAUUGCUCCCCAUGACAUCUGUCGCAAAUAUUAUAAAGAAAAUGAUAAUAGCCAUUCGGAUCUAAUUCGACCUACAAUGCAUUUAUGUGCCGGAGAUCCGGAAGGUUUACGUGACACGUGCCAGGGUGAUUCGGGUGGUCCGCUGUUAUUGGAUCAAGGUCCUUACAAACCUCUAUAUGUUGUUGGUGUUACUUCGUACGGUCUGGGUUGUGCCGGUGAACCGCCAUCUAUCUAUACACGAGUGUCAACGUAUAUCGAUUGGAUCGAGAGUAUUGUGUGGCCAUAGGAUACUGUCUCUUUUUUUCAGUUUCAACCAGGCCCCAUUUUAACCAAAUUCCUUAACAUCUUUAAAAUAUAUCAUAAAAGUUUCUAACAUCCUGUAUUUCAAUUAUUAAGACAAUAAAAUAAAAGAGAUCCUUUAAGAAGUAUCAG